AUGUUCCCUCCAAAAUUGUCGCCCACGACGACCAACUGUUCUGAUGAACCAGAUGGGACACCUGAUUCAGCCUCACUGGAUGAUGCUGCUGGAACAUCCUACGAGAGCUCUACGGACACACGCAAAUAUAAUGGAGAACAAGCCAACUGUAGCGAUCCUGUCAAUAAUGGUCGGGGUAGAUUAGCAAGAACUCCAACUGAGAGAAUUCGCUCUGAUACUGACCACAAUGAAGUGGACUUGCAAAAUAUUUGUGAUGAUGCUGACGAUAUGAUCCAGGAUUCACCCCGAAGUUCUGUGGGCCUGACCUGUAAUGACAUUUGGCCGAACCAGAGUAAUUCUGACAAAGACAAAUCCGUUAACGAGGUCGACACAGCUGCCUUCGAGAAUGAUCACCCCAGGCAGGUGGCUCAAUCUCCUCGAAAUUCUUCAAACGAAGAUCGUCAUGAUUCAAAUAAUGAAUUUGAAGGUGGAUUGCACGCAGGCCCUCACCGCGGUCGAAAUGACCCAUCAAGUGACCAUUCCACACAUAAUAAUAAUGGGGAUGAUUCCAACGAGGAUCCUCAUUGUGAUUCGGAUGAUGAAGACGAGUAUGGACCCUAUGGGGACCCUGGUGAUGAUCCACAUGACUCGUCUAAUGAUAAUUCUUUUUCUUCGGAUACAUCUUCAAGCGAUGGUGACUUGAAUUUGGAUUCGGAGACCUUGAAUUCAAUUUUGCGGUUUUGUCGAGAGCACACAGCCAGGGAAGCAUUGUUGUUAAUCUUGGCUUUGGGUAUUCAUCAUAAUGAACCUUAUGUAGCAACUAUUGGGGUAAUGCCAUGA